AUGGUGACCUCUGAAGGAGCCACCGACCCCCUUGUCGACCCCUCACUCCCCACGCUCGCCUCGGCCGAUCCGAAUUCCACUCCCGAUAACCAAAAUUCAGGCGGCGGCGAGGGCGGUAAACAACAAGCCGCCACCUCCGGUUCGAAGAAGCGGAAAGACGACUCGUCAAAGGACAAGGACAAGAAACCCAAAAAGACCAGACAAACACAAUCAUGUGACGGGCGAGAAAUGCGACAGGCCACCGCCUGGAAGCGCACCAGCAGAUUCACCAACCAUCGAUGUGUGCACACACUGCAAGCAGCUCGGCAUGGCCUGUAUCUGAAGCGCAUGCAGGCGCUGAGCCAGGCUGCUCUUAACGAGAGCAUGGACAUGAGCGGACGGCCUGUUUCCAAGUUUCCGGUCGAGUUACGCGACGACGUCCUCGGCGGCCCUGGUCCUGGCACCCUUGCCAAUCAGAACGCCCUGCACCGCAGCGCCCUUUCCGUGCAAGGAGGCGGCCAGCCGAUACCUCGUGGCCGGGAUGCUGUCGAAGACUGGGGACCUGCUCUCGCCCGCACAGUGGCUGCGCACCAAAGUGGCGCCGAUCCGCACGCAUCAACGUCGGACCGACCCCGGUUAUCACUCAGCUUCAUGAGCAGUGGAGGUCCCGCCGAGGACCCUGCAGCGAUGGACGCCCACCGCCGUUUGUCUGGUCCCCAGACGUCGCCCAACUACAACUCGAACUACAUGAUGCCGAGUAACGUGAACCCGCUCGAGGCCAUCAUUCCCCGUCCGCUCCUCCAUCACAUCAUCGACCUGUACUUCGACUAUGUGUACUGCCUCAUACCGGCACUGCACAAGCCGACGUUCAUGCGCAACCUGCAUAACAGGCGGGAGGAGCAGCCGGGUCAGGAGGAAUGGGUUGCGCUCGUGCUCGCUGUCGUCGAGGUGACGCUCGUCCAGAUGCCGAGGAGUUUCGUCGCUCUGUCCAAGCAGGAGAUCAAGACCUUGUUCGCCAACUGCAGCAGGGCAGUCAAGAGUUACCUCGACCGUGACUUCUCCCAGCUUACCAUCAACCGGAACAUCAUCUUAUACUUUUUGAUGUGCUCGCAACUGUGGGGAUCGAACUGCUUCCUGGCUAUGAAGAUGCGCUUGCACGAGGAGGCCAGUUACAAGGAUCUCAACCCGAUCGAGCGUGAGAUGAGGAAGAGGGUCUUCUGGCUGCUGUAUGGUGGCGACAAGACGGACGCUGCUGUGGACAACCAACCUGUUGUCUGGCACGAGGUGGACUGCAGCGACGUGACGCUGCCCUCACCACUGGAUGACGAGUUCGUCACCGAGGAAGGCUACCUGCAGCCACCCGAGGGACACGAGCCUGUCCUCGCUGGGUUCUAUUACAUCAGCAAGCUGUUCCGCCUUCUCGGCCAGCUGCUGGACAAGAAGCGCCACGACAAGGUCAAGCCUCCGUCUGGUGUCGCUCUGCAGGUCCGCCUUAACGAGGUCGAGGAAAUCUUCCAUCAAGUCAUGACCUUGAUGGACGACUGCCCGCCAGCACUCAAAAUUGACAUGAACGGAACGGCUGCAAUCGACGAGCAUUGGGACGCUCAGGUCUCGGCGGAUAUCCGCCAGCUGCUCUUUGAUCCGACCGCCAACCGCGCUAUCGUCAAGGACACCUUCCUUGUCCAGCAGGCGAACAUCUAUGUUACGCAGCAGAUGGUCCGCUACAUCGCACUGCAGUACCGUGAGGAGCUUGGCAUCCUGCAGGACAAGGAGUUCAGCAGUCUAGAGGGCAACCAGCCGCCAGGUGCUCCAGUUCGCCGUCGACCACCGCCACGGACGCGAUUCCUGGACGAGGAGAAGCACCAGAUCGCAAGCGACCUGCUGGUGAUUCUGUCAAAGAUUCGCAUCGAGGUCAUUGCGGUGAACAGCAUCUCGCUCGUUGCCAAGAUUCGUUUCGUGGCGAGCACCCUGCUCGAUGCGCUUCAACAGCCUCAGAACAGCACGGAUCCCAGGACGCUAGAGGGCAACGCGCGCGCCCAAGGUCAUCUCUGGGACUUCCUUCGCAUCCUGUCGGACGUCGAGGCGCUCAUCGUCAUGGACGACAACGACGGGCAGGAGUAA